AUGGGUCCCUUCCUCCCAAGGCACCUCAAUAGGCCGGCGCCGCCGCUGCUGUUGCUGCUGCUGCCAAAAGCUGCACUGGAACUCAUGGCGAUCCGUCGUGGUAACCAGGCUGGCGUAUUGCAUUACCUCAUGGCCCGGUGCCCACCCCCUGCCUGCCCUGCGUUACUUGUGGCCUGCCUGCUUCAUGUGCCUGCUUCUGCGCCUGCGCCUGCUUCUGCUUCUGCUUCUGCCUCGCCGCUCUUUGACAGCAGCAGCCGGCUCCCCGGCCCACCUGCCAGCCUGCCGGUCGACCGCAUCUCUCCCUUGCUCUCGGCCAUCGACAUGAUGUCCAUCCUGCUGCAAACCACGCAUGCACGCACACGGCCGGCCGGCCCACCUGCCCACCCAGAUGCAGAUGCGGCCUGCGGCCGUUAUCUGGGGAGGGGAGGGGCGAGGCCAAAGACUGCUAGCUUCCGUUUCCCAUGCCCUAAGUUUUUCUUCAGUCUUUCCCUCUCUCUCUCUCUCCUCCCCCUUGAGCCUGGAUCUUGGGCGGCCGAACUACAUUAG